AUGGAAACAGAAGAAUUUUCUUUUAUUAGUAAAGAUACUUUUAAUAAAAUUAUUGAUAAAUUUAUACAAAACAGUAAAUCUAAAACAUCCGAAAAGCAAUUUAUAAAUAGACGCCUUUAUGAUGAAAUAAAAACAGUUCUUUUAGAUCCUGUUUCUACAUUACGGGAUGCAGACUUUCGUUAUUGGUGUAGAAAGAAUUUCAUUUUAUUAAAUACUGGAGGUGAUUCUAUUGUAUGUAAAAAUAAUAAUAAAAGAACAAAAGCAGCUUUAGAUAAAGAAGGUAAAUCUGCUGAUUUUUUACCAAUAUUAGUCUUAGAAGAAAUGUAUAAAACAAUUUGUUUGGAACAUGUACAAAAUGUUCAUUGUGGACAAAAAAAUUUGUAUAAAAAAUUAAGAAGCAAAUGGUAUGGGGUAAAAAAGAAAAUUAUAGAGGAGUUUGUGAAUCAUUGUGAAUUAUGUGUACCACGCAGAACUAUGUCCAAAUCCACCUUAGCAGCAAGACCUAUAGUUGCAAAAAGAUUUCUUUCGAGAGUACAGCUUAACAAAGAUUCUGAUAUAUUUAAUGAAGAUUCUGAUGAUUCUAACGAAGAUUCUGAUGAUUUUAACGAAGAUGCUAAUAAUUUUAAUGAAAAUUCUGAUGAUUUUAACGAAGAUUCUAAUAAUCUUACUGAAGAUUCUGAUGAUUUUAACGAAGAUUCUGAUGAUUUUGAUGAAAAUUCUGAAGAUUUUAGCGAUCUUAAUAGCAAUUUUAACAAAAAUAAAAAUAUUAAGAAGCAACCUAAACCUAAGCGAGUAUCUAAUGUUGAUUCAAGUACAUUAUUUCAAUUAAAACCUCCACAAAUUAAUAAUAUCACUUGGGAAGAAAUUAAUGCAUCAUGGGAAGGCAUGUUUGGAUAUAGUAAUAAAUUAAGAUUAGGCGUAAUGAAAAGAGACAUCUUAGCAUGUUUACGUGAUUUAAAAGUAAUGCGCGAAACAAAUUCAUUUGAUAAUAUUUUAUUAAAUAUUUGGGAAAAAAAAUUCAACAAGUGGCUUGAUGAACUAGAUAAUGUACAAAAUUCUGAAACAAUGAAGCUUCAACAUCUUCAACAUCACAUAAAGAAACUAUAUCAUCUCAUGAUUAUAUUCGCGAUGAUGCAAAAAUGA